AGAAUUUUGUAGAAAAUUUAUAAAAAUAUCAAUCAGUAAGAAAAAAUGAUAAAUGAUAAUAAAACGUGAAACGUGAAGUAAGAUAUUUACACAAGGAAGGGCUUCAGAAAUAAUUUUCUCUCAUAUCAAAAGUGUUUAAAUUCAAUGAGAUCCGCGGAAAUAAGUUACUAAUUUAAUGUUAACAAAUUUAAUAAUAUAAAUUAAAAUAUUGCUAAAGCAACAACAAUGUUAGAAUUUGAUUCUUCAGAUGAAGCCAAUACUGAGCUUUUAGAGAAACUAAAACAUUUAGAUGUACGCCCAGAAACAGUCGAAAGUGGUGGCAUUUGUGGUAAAAGCUGUUGGAAAUCAUUAAAAUGGAAGUCUGCGCUAGGUCAUGUAGGUCUAUUGGUCUCAUUAUCAAUAUAUUGUGGUGUAGGGGGCUUGAUUUUUCGCCAUCUGGAACGACCGGCAGAAGUCGAACGAUUGACGCUUUUAAAAGAUGUUGUGAAAACACAACGUGAGAAAUUUAUAACUGCGAUAUUAAAUAAUACAGAUAUCAACAAUUUAGAUCAUUUAUUAUUACUUGAAUUAGCAAAAUAUGAAUCGGCAGUACAAGAAGCUGCGACUGGUGGUCUUUUAAUUGAGGCUGAUAGAGACUUUCCAGAGCCAUAUGAGCGCUGGAGCAUUUUACAAGCUGUGUUCUUUUCUUCGACUGUUUUAACAACAAUAGGUUAUGGUAACAUAGUACCAGUGACAACUGGUGGACGUGUGUUUUGCAUAGGAUUCGCUUUAAUUGGAAUUCCAUUUACGCUUACUGUUAUCGCAGAUUGGGGUCGUCUAUUCGCUACAGCGGUUUCAGUUUUUGGCAAAUAUAUGCCAAAAAAACCAAAAUUCACAAACUUCAUUGGGAAGACAUGGUUCUAUGCCAUUUUAGCUGUGUGUUUUCUGGGUGUUUAUUUGGCAUUCGGAGCUGGUUUACUCCUGCUGUGGGAAGAUGAUUGGAGUUUCUUCGAUGGUUUCUACUUUUGCUUUAUUACCAUGACAACGAUUGGUUUUGGUGAUUUAGUGCCAAAGAAACCCAAUUACAUGCUACUAUGCACUUUGUACAUUUUAAUUGGCUUAGCGUUAACAUCAACCAUAAUAGAAUUAGUUCGCCGUCAAUAUGCCACAAGUUGGGCUAAAUUGCAAGAACUUUCUGGUCCCAUGGCAGAAACUUUACGACGUUUAGGCGAGACUGCUGGCACUGGUUUGGAUUAUACUGCGUUACAAAAAAUUUUAACGGUUUCUAUGCCAAAAUGGAAUUCCUCAAAGAAAAAUGAACACAACUCGGACAUAGCCGCUCUGGAAGCCAUUACCAAUGCCAUUCUGAAGGAAGUUAAAGAAGCUCAAAACAAUAAACCAAAAGUUUUGCAAAUUGUUAUUUACGAAUCGUCGGUGUAGUUAAAAAAAAAAUAAAAUAUAGAAAAAAUUAUAUUACAAAAUUAAGUUAAAUCUAGUAUAUAAAUAGCAACUCGCUAAUUUUCAAAAAAAAUUAUUUAAAAACACAUUUAUUCAAAUUAAAGCAAAGACUGCACAAUAUCACAACUGCAGUUGAUAUCUAAGCAUAUUUUUAGGGUGCAUAUUUGCAUUGUCAACACUGUUUUAUAUGUAAAUUUAGUCAAACGUACUUUUAAGUUGUAAUUUUAUAUUGUAUAAAAUUAGUUUUUUGUAAUCGUGUUGCCUACAA